CACACAUCUACAUAUUUGGACCACCCCCACCUCUUCCCACCUCCCACCUCCCCCACAGUGGAGCCUUUAAAUAGAGCUCCACUCCGGCUCUUCUUCCUCGGUGAUCGCAUUCCCCGCCGCCGGCAACUCGUCUUCACUAGCUCUCCUCGACUCCUCAAACCAAGCCUCCUCAGCAGACAUGGAGCGUACCUUCAUCGCUGUGAAGCCCGAUGGCGUCCAGAGAGGACUGUGCGGUGAGAUCAUCAAGCGUUUCGAGCAGAGAGGCUUCAGGCUGGUCGCCGCCAAGUUCAUGCAGGCCUCUGAGGACCACAUGAAGAAGCACUACCUGGACCUGAAGGACACACCUUUCUACGCUGGUCUCUGCAAAUACAUGUCCUCUGGACCCAUCCUCGCCAUGGUGUGGGAGGGUCAGAGCAUUGUGAAGCUGGUCAGGAUGAUGCUGGGUGAGACCAACCCCGCUGACUCCAAGCCCGGCAGCAUCCGUGGAGACCUGUGCAUCAACAUCGGCAGGAACAUCAUCCACGGCAGCGACACAGUGGAGAAUGCCAAGACCGAGAUCGACCUGUGGUUCAAAGCCGAGGAGUUCGUCAACUACACCCCCUGCUUCCAGCCCUUCCUGUACGAGUAAACCCACCAAACUGGCCCCCCCCCCCAACCCGCCCCACUCAACCCCCCGUCCUCCUCCCCCCACAGCCGACCCUCUGACUUGGUCUUCACCGAUCAACCCACAACAUGUAGCACUUCUCAAUAAAGUGUCAUGUUAACAACA